CUGUCACAUCUCUUCUGGACUUUACUCCGAGCAGGAUCAGAUCUCGGCUUUAUCGCAGAAUGGAUAUGAAGCUGUUGGCAGUCGUGGCUGCGCUCACCUUGGUGAUAUAUGCGCCUCCAUCACAAGCAAAGCCCAUAAGUCUGGUGGAGAGAUGCUACUGUCGUUCAACAGUCAACAGCCUCCCACGAGGCUACAUCCGAGAGCUCAGGUUCAUUCACACGCCAAACUGCCCCUUCCAAGUGAUUGCCAAGCUGAAGACAAACAAAGAGGUGUGUGUGAAUCCAGAGAUCCGGUGGCUGAAGCAGUACCUGAAGAAUGCCAUCCACAAGAUGAAGAAAUCCAAACAGGUCAACUAAAACCUCCUGCCGAGAUCCUCCUGAGCCAUCACUGAGGGUUUGAAGUAUGCAUCUGUUGAACAGCACUUAUCCUGGCCGGCUGCCACGCUGCGGCCUUUUGCGUGAAAUGAACCUACAACUCUUCAUCGUGUACACCAAUCCACCAGCCUUGUCGCAGUCCUCACCAUCACCCCCCUCACAACUUAUAGAGAUAAUAGACGUUAUUAGUGCAAAGUGCAAUUAUAUCUGUGAGUGUAUGUUUUUCUAACUAUAAUGUAGAUACGUUUUUGUUAAUGGACAUCAACAGUAAAGAGCUACUUUUUAAAAAGGAUUUUCCCAUCCCUCAAGCCUCUGUGUCAUUUAAGAAAAAGAUCGACCGCGGGGUCAAAGUGUUUAAGGGAGAGAGGUGAUGGUCAGCAGGAGGAUUUUCUCCACAACAAACAUGAGUCAACAUCCCACUUGCAUGUAUCAGAGUCCAGUCAUCUGUUAAAACAACAGAAUCCAGAUUAUAUCUAAUUCUUAACAUGGGAUCUGUUUGAUCUUGAUCAUCUCUGAAUUUAAAUUGUAUAAAAUUGACAACAGUGUAAAGUUUCUGUUCUAAAAACAUGCAGAGCCGUUGACUUUGCCAAGUCGUAUUUCGUGUUUCAAGUUAAUUGGCACUGUGGAAUUAUUUCAAUGGGUCCCAGACUGAAUGUAAGAUGUAUAAAAGAUCCUAGUAAAAAUGGCUAUUACAAUGUUUUUGUGAUGGAAAUUGGAAUGCCGGAAGAGCUGGAGCAUUUCCUGAGCUGUUCUGUGGCUGUGAACCUUUGUUACCCAACAUGACGGCUUUUUUCACUCUCAGAGAAAAGCGGAACAUCUGGGUCCCAAACCCGUUUUAAUUGAGCACCAAUGAGUCGAAAUUUACUGGAAUCAUAAAGCUGUGUCACUUAACAAGAGAUGUUAAGAGCCAAUGGUGACACUCACCAAUCACAGUUAGCUGCCUUAUCAAAUCAGUCAAUUCUGAUUGAAAUAAACCUUUAGUAUGAAUGUCCAUUUCAAAGAAUGAUAUACUGCAAUUUUAAUAGGUUACCACAUCAGUAGUUAAUCACAAAGUUAUACCGAGAGCCACAGUAAAGAAAGUAUACCGACAAUAAAUAGAUGUACAUAGAUGUGACUACCUACGACUGUUAUGCAGAUAGCAAUGCACUUUAUAUCUGAUGUAUUCAUGUUUUAACAACAACAUUUACUAAGUCUGAUCAUUAAAAUCUGUCUUUUUGUCUUUUUUAUGUUAAUCAUGUUGUUUGCAUUCUGUUUGUUUUGAUAAUUGAACGCUGCAUUUAACUGUUAAAGCCUGGAGAUCCAUUUAUCUAUUCAUUUUAAUCUCCUUGUCACAUGUACAAUUAAUAUUAUACAAAUGCUUUAUUUUUGUACUCAUUUAUGCAUUUCUAUAUUAAAUCUAAACAUUUAAAUGAAGGAACUGUAUUCUCACAAUUGAGUCACACAACCAAAGUUUUAUCGUAAAACCUGUUGGUCAAUAAAAUAAAACAAAAGGAACUCUA